CUAACAAAAAUCCGAACUUGACAAACAAAUUCAACCAUUCUCUCUUUCCUCCAACAUGACCAUGCUUUCUUUCUUCCAAGUAAACCAAAAGCUUCCCCAAAAUCACCAACUUCCUCUUAAUACAAAAACAAAUAUGGAACAUAAUUAUUCACCAUUCCCACCAAAAUGACGAGACAAACCGUAAAUAUAACUUUCAAAUCUCUGUUCGUCCUCCACCACCGCCAACUCCUCUGCCGAACAUUAACCGCCGCCUCCAUAGCCCAAUCACAGCCUCCCAGCCCCACCGCACCGGUCAACGAAGCGCACCUCCUCCGUAUCUGCACCAUUCUCUACCAGCAACAGCAUUCCUCCGUGGAGAAGCUGCACAACAGCCUCCACAAAACGCCCUUCCACCUCUCCCACGAGUUCUUCCUCCGCGUUUGCAAUAACUUCCCCUACUCAUGGAGACCCGUUUACAAGUUCCACGAGUUCGCCGUGACCCGACCCGGGUUCGCCCACACGCCCACCACCCUCAACAAGAUGCUCGAUGUCAUCGGGAAGUCGAGAAACAUCGACCUCUUCUGGGAAUUCCUUCAGGAGAUCGGCAGACGUCGUUCGAUCACCCCGAAGACCUACGUAAUCGCCUUGAAAACACUAGCUUCGGCUAGAGAGCUGAAGAAAUGCGUUGAAACUUUUCACGUAAUGAACGGAUUUGGUUAUGAGUACAGCGUGGAGACUUUGAACAAGGUGGUGGAGGCUCUGUGCAGAGACAAGCUAGUUGAAGAAGCUAAGCAUGUGGUUAUGAAGUUGAAAGAUUCAAUAAACCCUAGUGUGGUUACUUACAGGUACCUGAUAUAUGGUUUCUGUGACGUGGGCGAUACAAUUGAGGCCUGCAAGAUCUGGAAUUUAAUGAUUGAUGCAGGUUUUGAGGCCGAUAUCGAGUCGAUUGAGACUAUGAUGGAGAGGCUAUUCAAGAACAAUGACUACGGCCAGGCGUUGAAGCUUUUACAGUCCAUGAGAGUGAGUAGAAUGGAUGAUUUGGGGCUGUCAACAUACCGGCUGGCGAUCAAUUGGCUGUGCAAGAAAGGGAAGAUUGGGGAGAGCUAUGCAGUGUUCGACGAAAUGUCCAAGAGAGGGAUUAACCCCGAUAAUUCAACAUCAGCAUCAAUAAUCUACGGGCUUCUUUGCAGAAGAAGGGUGAGGGAGGCAUACGGGGUGUUGGAUGGGAUUGAGAACCCAGAUAUAACUGUGUAUCAUGGGAUGAUCAAAGGGCUCCUGAGGUUGAAAAGGCCAAGGGAAGCAACACAAGUUUUCAGGGAGAUGAUUGCCAGAGGUUGCGAGCCGAUAAUGCAUACAUAUAUAAUGGUUUUGCAGGGGCAUUUGGGGAGGAGAGGAAGGAAAGGGUGGGAUCCGCUGGUGAACUUUGACACCAUUUUUGUGGGAGGUUUGGUUAAGGCAGGGAAGACAUUGGAAGCAACGAAAUACGCAGAGAGAUUGAGGUUCAGAAACGUUAAGGUGCCAAGAUUUGAUUAUAACAAGUUCUUGCAUUACUAUUCGAACGAGGAAGGUGUGGUUAUGUUUGAGGUGAUGGCCAAGAAGCUGAGAGAAGUUGGUUCCUUUGAUUUGGCAGAUAUAUUUCAGAGGUACGGUGAGAAAAUGGCAACCAGGGCCAGGAGAAGAAACAGAUCUGUAAUAGAGCCAGAAGAUGAACAGAAUGAAGAAAUCAAAUUGAGCCAUUGAAAACAGAAGAAACAGAACUGUUGAAGCAUAUAACACAAUAUGGAGACGUUAAAAUAUUCUCACUAUAUGUACAUACUGGAACAGAACUAGAGAGUUCAGGCAUUAUAUUUAUAACUUGUUUUUUCCUA